AUGGGCGAGCCACUUUCACCGUCAGAUUCUGUAAAGCGGCGUUGGAACUGGCCGUUUGACAAGGCCAAGCAUGGUCACUUACUGCAUCGUUCAAAAGACAGAAUGGAUAUUCAGGAAUAUGAAUUGGGCCGAACGUGUCGAUCCUCGGAUUCCAACAAAUCUAGCACGUCCCUGACAUCUAAGUUCGUCUCCUUCUUGCCUCGCGGAUUUGCCAACAGGAUAGACCGGAGGGUCAAACAAGAAAGGAGCCAGCAACGGGAAUGGGCCGUAGGCGUCCUCAUUAGCGCUUACUCUGCUUGCGCUGUUCUAUUCCUGAACAUUGUUCUCACCAUCAUCGCUGUUUCCAUGUCUUAUCCGAAGUUCGGGGUUCAGGACUUUAGCUCUUCCAUACUCUAUCAGGGAAAGUGCUCUACUUCAGGAAACUGGGCGCGCGGCUUGCAUUUACUUAGUAAUGUCCUUGGUACAAUCAUGCUAGUAGCGAGUAAUUACUGUAUGCAAUGUCUAUGCUCGCCAUCUCGUCAGGACAUUGAAGUUGCUCAUGCUCAGCGAAAAUGGCUUAACAUUGGUGCGUCUAGCAUAAGAAAUUUCCGUUACAUUGACCGGAGAAGGGUUGUGCUAUGGAUGGUGCUAUUGUUAUCUUCCCUCCCGGUUCAUUUAUUGUACAAUUCUACUGUUUUUUCCGCACUGGGUACACGCGAAUAUGGCGUCCUCCUUGCAUCCGCGAACUUUGACUUCAACAACCCACCAAACCAUGGCUCUGAUGCAGGUUGCUUUGAACAGAACAUUUCGAUGAACAUGUCCACUUUCUAUUCUGAAGUGCCAAAAUUCGAAAGACUCGACACACAGAAAUGCAUUAAUACUUAUGCUGCCGACUACAUUGCAGAUCGAGGGACUCUUAUUCUUGUUACUAAUAAUGUGACUGCGGAUAAUGGGUCGUUGCGCUGGGUUAGCAUGGGGAAUUCGCCCCAACAAUACUCGUCGUAUUCCUUUCUGUGGAUGUGCCAGAGCGAGCCAAACUAUCCUCAAUUCAUUCACGAUGAUACACCAGGUGAAAGAAACUGUGAAAAAUUUCCAUGCCAGAAAGAGUGUAAAAGGGGUGAUUGCGAAACGGUUUGUCUUGGUGAUUGGUCCGUAUCCUCGAUGCCAUGGUCAGAUCCGCUAUUGUCCAGCAAUAUGAGCUACUCAACAAACAGUUCUUGGGCAAAAGAUUCUGCGACUCAAAAUGCAGGAGCUACAUGUGCGUUGGAUUCCGUUAGGGCUGACUCAUUCCCCGCGCUCUCGGUCGACUAUUGCUUAAGCCAGAAAGUUGAAGAAGAAUGUCAGCUGCUAUUCAGUCUUCCGAUAUGCAUAAUCGUUAUUUUAUGCAAUAUCGUGAAGAUUGUCUGCAUGUUCAUGACAGCUCAUGAUCCUAGAAAGGAGAUUUUUCUCACAGUUGGGGACGCCAUAUCAUCCUUCCUCAGCAGACCUGACAUGACCACUGAGGGCAACUGUUUGUUGUCAAAAAACCUUGUUUCAAUGGGUCGGAGUUCGUGGGAACGAUCAUCCAAGCCUGCAAAACUCCAGCCCCGUAGAAAGCGAUGGAGAGACGCUGUGGGCGGCCCAUUUUUCGCAGUGACAAUUGUCUUCUGUCUUCUUCUUCUCUUGAUGUCGAGCGUUCUCUUCUACUUGGGCGUCAUGACAUUAAGAGCGAAAGGCCAGUCAAUCAAGCCUACCGAGCUCUGGAAGCUAGGCUUUGGCACGAUCACGUCAACUGCGAUAAUCAGGUUUUGCGACAAUCCUAGCAACUGCUCUGGGACUAUACCCAUGGCGCUCCUUGCAAACAUUCCGCAGAUCAUAAUAUCGGUUGCGUAUUUCCUCUACAACAAUAUGUUAACCACCAUGCUUCUUGCCGCCGAGUACAAUGACUAUGCCAUAGAACGCAAGCCACUUCGUGUCUCCUGGGCAAAAGGACUCCAGCGCUCAACAUACUAUCUCAGUCUCCCAUACCGAUACAGUAUCCCACUGAUGAUCUGCAACACAAUACUCCAUUGGCUUGUGUCCCAGAGCUUCUUUUUCGUGGAAGUUGUGUUAUAUGACAUGGCCGGGAAGCUUACCGCAGAACGUCUGAUUGCAUGUGGUUAUUCACCAAUAGCACUUAUGGUCGCCAUACUUCUUGGGUUCGUGAUGGUAUGCAUAAUCCUAGGGAUGGGGUUUAGGCGCUUCAGGACCAAUAUGCCUCUUGCUGUCAGUUGCAGCGCGGCUAUUAGCGCUGCGUGUCAUCCUCCGCCUGGUGACAACGACCAUGCACUCAAGCCCGUCAUGUGGGGUGAAACCUCAGCGCCGCAGGUCGACAGCAGUAGUAACGGAGAAAUUGCGACUCGGUCUGUAUCUCAACCAGAUACAAGACAAUACAGCUCCGUCAAAAAGCCUUUGCAUCGAGCAAAUGAGAGCCAAACUGAAUUACUGGGCAAGGGCAAUGGCUUUGAAGAUGAUGGAGAAGCUAUAGCUCCUGUUGUAUCCAGUCCAUAUACAGGGAGCUGCUUUUCCGAUGAGGGCAACCCGUGCGCCGAUCAAGCUAAGAGUCAUGUUAACCUGCUCGGUGAGAGCCUAGGCGUUGGUGGACGACGUUUCUCGGAGUACGGCCAUUGCAGCUUUUCGUCCUUGGAAGUUUCUACCCCAAGUACUGAGCGGUUAUACCUUUGA